GCGAGACUGUUUGAACGCGCUAGAACAUGUAUCAACAAGUUAGCCAACUUAGUACUGUUUUUAUUGGUGCGAUGACACAAUGACUCAAAUUCAAAACGACAAUAUAAUGCAAUUGUGUGCUGUUAGUAAAUUUAUCCAGCUAUCCGGUAAAUCUAGCCAAGCUGGAAGCAGUUACAAUUAUUUUAAUCAGUGUCUACCUAAAACUAAAUCCUAGAUUUCUAUGCAAGAAUUGCGGUAGCUUUGAAGUGACUCGAACAGCUAACCGAUAUGUGGUCGUUUCGGAAUAAAACAGAUCUCGAAACGAUUUCAAAGCGUUUUGUGGGUCUCGCUGCUUCACAAGGUAUAUUUAAGGGAAUAGAGCUUGAUGUUGACUUUUUAUCUGAACUUUUCGUAAAGACCCUUUGCAACUGCACUAGAAGUACGUACGGCGAUGUACAAAAAACAGGAAAGCUCUGCAGUCUGGACCGUUUUCUGCAAAUUCGGACUCUGGCGCACGCCGAUCUGUUUGCAAUACCAAUGCGCAGCCACCUACAGCUAGCUAUUGAAAAUUUUCACGAAUUUCCUUCUUUACGUAAUUACGACAUCGGUCGAGAGGGUCGGGACGAUCCUAGCGAAAUUAAAGACCGUGCGCACGUACGUGAUGCAGCGGUCGUUCUAACGCACGUGUUAGCCGAAUGUCUUGUGACAACAGAGCCCGAUCAGGGGACUAUCAUUAGUGAUCUUAUUGGGGAACUUCUUCAGAGCGCUCGGCAGGCGAAACUGUGGUUAACGUUUUCGAAAUUUUUGAGAUUGGCAGAGGAUUACGUCCUCGAAGAGAUUACAUACGGUACACUGUUCUAUUUAGUGGCACUGCAGUCGACUGAUGAUCAGUGGCAUUUGUAUAACAAGUGGUACGCGGAGCUCCCGGAAGAGUUAGGGUACACCGUUGGGUUAUUGGAAACACAGGGGUUGACAAAGGGGCUACUUCAUCCCAGUCAAAUAGGAGUAAUUACAUCUAUGCAGAAGUUGGCACCCCUAUCACUACCCAUCGUUGUUCUGCUUUCAAACUACGCCACGGAGUCGGAAACAUUUUGCUAUAUCUGGCAGUUGGAAAUUCACGGUAGAUACAACAAUGACGACAACAGUGAUAAUAAAGAUAUUGAUAAUGGCCAAUUAGAGCUCCAUGGCUUUAAACAUACUCGUCACCACGACCCGUCACGCCAAUAUGGCCAGAACAACAUUAUGUCGACGAAAAUUCGGUCGCGUGUCGAAGUUCUUGAAGGAAACACCUGCGAACUGCAGGAGCCGGGUAAAGAUGACUUGUGCAAGCGUGUCGGGGCAUAUCUAAUGCAGAACUCCUUUGAUCAAGCGGUUACCGUCUUAGGACAAUUAAUCGACCUGAUGAAAACCGAUGACAACGACGCCGCCCUGAAAGAACAGCUCCUGCUUGUAUGCGGGUACGCGGCCUUGCGUAGUUCUGAUAGAGAUCUGAUGCGCAGGGCAAGACAGUUACUGAAGUCUGUCAAAAUUCAUCAGGGGAUGGUCCAGCUAUGGACGGCCGAACUAGAAAUAGCCGCCUGUCAAUAUGACUUAGCGAAAAGAUCGUUGGGGGAAGCUUCAUUCGAAAUCGUUGUAAUGCCCGGCACUGACGUAGUGCUGCAUCCAGUGAAUCAAGAAGCAUUUGAAAAAGCGUGCUCAUCUUUGCUCGCACAACUAGAAAAUAGCCCGCAAGCAGAUCACGUCUGUUGUAAUAGAAACACUUGUGCCAAACCGGAGAUUUUCGAGCGAUCGCUUGAUUUUUCCGGUUUUGUCCGAGUUUUCUGUCAGGAAGGUUGCGUGCUGGUGCUCCAUCCUAGAUGCUGGAAAGCAAUGGUGGGGAACCUCGCCGGUAGAAGAACAAAACAUGGCACAGGAGCCCAAUGCUGUACUCCGGAUUGUCAGGGACGCAUUAAUUUGCUUAUAAUGUUCAACUCAAGGAUGGAAAUUACUAAAGAAUACCGGUGGACGAGUUCUUCUCGAAGGAGCCUUCAGGAUGAAGAUGAGAUCGCUUUAAAAGGGCAGGAAUCAAAUAGAAGAACGGUGACUCGCUUAUUGGACAAGACUAUAGCUACUACCCAUUCAUAUGAACUUUUCGAAGCUCUCCGAUGUACGGUGGCUUCAGCACGACACCUAACGAGCGUUUCAGAACUCAUUGAUAUAUGCGCAGAUUUAUAUGGUGCCGACAAAGACUUGGCCAGUUCCUUCGUGAGAGACAUUCUUAAGGACCUAAAUCCAGCAACUAACCCAGAAUGGAAUCGGGCACAAUGGCUAGGAGCAGCGAAAAAUUUUUUGGAGAAUCUUGAUUCGACAAUCUGGCCAAACGUAAAUGCAUCACUUUCAUCAGUGGUAAUAUGUGAAACGUUAUCUAUGGAUGAGGCACUGAGUAUUAACGAAGAAUACGCAUAUCUUGAAAAAGAGUUUGAAGACCUUCUCAAUGAGGAGGUGCUUUUGCAGAACCAAAUCGUCCAGGAACAUCUCCAAAAUGACCAAGAAACCGAACUCAUAGCUCUUGAGGAGGAAGUACAGGAUUUGAAGCAGCAAUACAUGCGUAUAUGUUCCGCAGAAAGCUGCAUUGGGUCCCUUACACGAAGCAUAAUGCUUAAAGAUGGAGUUUUAUCAGGUAUCAAGGAGCGUUUACAAGAGGCCGAAAAGAAAAUGAACGAGCUCUUAAUUAAGAGUCGUCAAGAAAGCUCGAAGUAUCAAGUUAUGUUUCACGACAAAACUCAGCUGGCGAGUACGGUCAGGGCGAACGCAAUUGAGGCGCGAUCAAGGCUUUCCAGAGCCCUGGUAGAGCUUGUUCAAAACCGGUAUCACGUAGGUAUGGACGCUAUCGAAUGUAUCGAACAAGCAGUGGCCGCAAACUUACGCGAAGUUGAGCGAAUACGAGAUCCUCGGGUUAGCAGAGUCAAUCAGAAGGCAAAGAGCGAACAUUUUCAAUUACUGAAAGAAAUGAGAGAACGAUCGAAAUCAAUAGAAAAGGAGACCCGGAUGCUUAUGAAAAGAUUACGAGAGGGUCAUCUUGACCCACUGGAGAUAGCCUCUGACAGUUUGUACGAGCCAGUUUCUAAUAUAAUCGCUCGGUAUAUGGUGUUGCCAACGUUAUAUCGUCGAGGACAGAAUCCCAGCCUAUGUGAUGUCGCAAAAUGUCUCCCAAAAUAGAACUAUAACCGUUUUGUACAUUACAUGUAUAUUUGUAUGCUACUGUAUUAUACGACUAGACCCUUGUUAUGUAAUAAUAUCGCAAAUUUAAAAAAAAAUUAAUA